AUGUUCUGGUCGGAGCGGUUUUGGCUUCCACGCGGUGUUUCCUGGAAUGAUCUCAAAUCCAAUGGCACUGUUCACUAUCCCGAUAUCUGGGAAUUGAGCUAUGCCAUGAAAGAGCCGUUAGCGAUUCGUAUUAAAGCUCACCUCAAUUUUUGUCAUACUGGCAAAGGGAAAUUCAAACGGGUGGCCGAAACUGCUUGGCGAUUUCUCUUUUAUACAUGCAUUUGGUUAUAUGGUUUUUACGUUCUAUCCGAUCAACCGCAGCUGUACGCUGUAACAGAGUGCUGGCGGAAUUGGCCUCACCAUCCACUCACCAGUGCUGUAUGGUGGUACUAUGUCAUCGAGACUUCUUUCUAUUGCUCCUUGAUUGUUAGUUCAUUGGUAUUCGAUGUUCGGCGAGCUGAUUUUGCGCAGAUGACGUUGCAUCAUGUGAUCACGAUAACACUCCUUUUUCUGAGUUUUGCAAUGAAUAUGAUUCGAGUUGGGACACUGAUUCUUUUCAGCCACGAUAUCGCUGAUGUAUUUCUUUCAUUGGUAUUCGAUGUUCGGCGAGCUGAUUUUGCGCAGAUGACGUUGCAUCAUGUGAUCACGAUAACACUCCUUUUUCUGAGUUUUGCAAUGAAUAUGAUUCGAGUUGGGACACUGAUUCUUUUCAGCCACGAUAUCGCUGAUGUAUUCUUAGAGCUGGGAAAACUUUGUAGAUACGCUGGUUGGGAAACAGCGUUAACUUACGUUUUUGCUACGUUCAUGUUCGUUUGGAUAACUACACGGCUAGUUUAUUUUCCGUUUGCAAUCAUUCGAUCAGUAUUGUUUGAUGCUCCUGCAUUGAUACAGGUUGGUUUCCUUCUUAAAAAAAAAACUAUGGUUCUUGUAACAGUCUUAGUUAUCCUUACGAUGCAAUUCCUCUUCUUGAUGCUAUUUGGGGCCGUGUUUUUGUGCAUUUUUUGCAUAAAUGCAACGCAAAAAUGCAUGCUGUCGAGGAAUUGUGUGUGUAUGCGCGUGUGCGUGUAUGUGUGUGCAUGUGUGCCGAACUUUCAUCUCGAGAUUCACAAAAGUUACAAGGUUGAAACUUAAUC